AUGGCGUUAAUAAUUAAAGGGAAUGAAAUAUUUGAAAAUGAGGAUUUAAGAAAGAAAUUAAAAGAACAUAUAGAAGGAGAUAAAUUAAUAGGAAUACCUACCGAGACAGUUUAUGGAUUAGGUGGUAAUUCAUUAAGUCAGAGGUCUUUACAAAAUAUAUUUCGAAUGAAAAAUAGACCGGUAAGUGAUCCUAUAAUAUCACAUGUAUAUAAUAUAUAUCAAGCUUAUGAUCAAUUAUAUCAUAUUAAUAUUUAUGAAAAAUAUAUUAUUUAUAUAUUAAGUAAAUAUUUUUGGCCAGGACCUCUUUCCAUAAUAGCAAAAGCAAAAAAAGAAGCUCCUUUAAUAUUAACUGCCUAUACCCAAUUUUGUGCUGUCAGAAUUCCAGAUAAUAAGAUUACAAGAGAAAUUAUAAAAAUAUGUAACACACCUAUAGCUGCUCCUUCAGCUAAUAAAUUUCAACACAUAAGUCCUACAAAUUCUUUACACGUGUAUGAUGAAUUUAAAAAUGAAGAUCUUUUAAUAUUUGAUGAUGGGCAAUGUGAUGUAGGAAUCGAAUCCACCGUACUUAAAAUAACAAAGUAUAGGAUAAACCAUGAGGAUAAGAAUACAGAUGAGGUAUUAAAAGAAAAAGAUGUAAAUGUUAUGAAGGAUAUAAAAAAAAUAAAUAAUAUAAAUGUAAAUAAUUCUGAAGGAAACAACCCAGUCGAAAUUGUAAAUGAUGAAGAAUAUGAAUGUGAAUGUAACGAAGAAUUAGCAUUUCUACGUGCUGCUACGAAUUCAAAGGAGUCCGAGAGUAAUAUGGAGGUAUAUGAAAAAUUAAAAAAUAUGUUUGAUUUAAUUGAACGUAUGAAUUCAAUCAAUAAUGAUGAUGAUAAUAAUAAUAAUGAUGAUAAUAAUAAUAAUGAUAAUAAUAAUAAUAACAAUAUAAUUGUUGAUAAAAUAUUAAAAUACAAAUCUUUAUAUAAUUAUUCGAUUAAAAUAUAUAGAAGAGGGAAAUAUACAAAAGGGGACAUUGAAAAUGUUUUAAAAAAAUAUGAUUUGUUAAAAGAUAUAAAUGUUGAAAUGUAUGAAAAAAUAAAAUUUGAAAACUUGGAUAUCUUCAAGAAUGAGUAUCCCAAGUCUGGUAUUAAAGAUUAUAGAUGUGAUAAUAUAAAUAAAGAGGAUGAUAUCUACAAAACAUUUAAUAAUGAGAUUGAAAAAAAUGAAGUAUGUCCAGGACUUUUAUUAACACAUUAUAGCCCUUUUGUAUCUACAUAUCUUUUAGAUAUUAUAUCAUGUAAAACUAUAGAAAAAGAAAACAAAGGAGAAUUAUUAGAAACAAAUAAUAAUGUGUGUAAAAAAAUAAAUCUUAAUAAAUGUGUUUUAUUAGAUAUAGGAAGUUCACUUUUGAAAUAUGAUAAGAACUUUUUAAAAUAUAUUAAUAUAUGUUAUGAUAGUCUUGAAGUAAAUGAAAGAAUAAAAUAUAUAACGAAACAAUUUUUUUUAUUUUUAAGACAAGCUGAACGGUUAGCUAUAGAAAACAAGGCAGACAAUAUUUUAAUAUCUAUUGUUAAUAUAAAAAGUUGUGAUGAAAAUUAUUUAUCAAUAUUUGACAGAAUAUAUAGAGCAGCCUCUGGAAAAAUGAUAAAUCUGUUUAUUGAACAUAAGGAUAUAAUAGCUUACAUAAAAUAA